UUGAGAGUUGACGAUACCAAGAACGAUCAAGACAAAUUAAAAUGCGUAAUUACAUAUUGGUACUCGCUUGCCUGUCCCUGUUCGCCUGUGCAUUUGCGAAAAACCUGAUACUUGGUAAACGCCUGCAAGGCGAUGUAUUGCUUCAGAAUCAAAGUAUCUACAAGCCGGAUCUGCCAGACGUUUCACGGACUGCCAUUAUCGAUGCGCGUGCUCCAGCCGAGAAAAUAAUUUCAUAUGUCAAUAUAACAAGUAUAGAUUCGGGAGCUGUGCAAAUUGAGCUUAUCGAUGGACGCAUCGGAACGCAGACAGUGAUCGUGCAAGCAGUUGGAGAACAAAGUUGUCCCCUUAAAAUCCAGGCUUUGAUCUACGGUGUUCCUCACAACUAUAAUACUACUCCUGCACCAACUACUACAGUACCAAGUACAAUCAAAGACAUCACUGAAACUACAACUCCUGAAAGUACUGAAACUACAAGUCCUGAAAGUACUGAAACUUCAACUCCUGCAAGUUCUAGAACUACAACUCCAGAAAGUUCUGGAACUACAACUCCAGACAGUUCUGGAACUACAACUCCAGACAGUUCUGGAACUACAACUCCAGACAGUUCUGAAACUACAACUCCUGAAAGUACUGAAACUACAACUGAAAGUAAUAACGCAUCACCAACUUCUAAAGUAAUCGGCCGUGUUAUGAAGGGGGUGUUAAUAGCAGGCUGUGUAUAUUCAGUGUUUUUAAAUAAAUAUUAGUUUGAACAGUGAAAACUUCUGUAGUAUUUAAAUUUUUGAUCUUUUUUAAAAAGCAAAAGCCAACGUUAUUUUCAAUAAAUAAUGUUGAAAUAGAAUUAUUUAAAGAAAAAAGAGAGUAAUCAGUGCGCCCAUAUUAUGAAGCACCAUUUCAGAGUCAUGUCCUGAUUGUUUCAUUUAUUAUGGGCGUAUUAUGAAUAGAGAAAAUAAAAUCAAUAAAUGAUUAACAUUUUUAUUUUUCAUAUUUUAUUUAAUGUUUUAUAAACAAUAAAUAAAUAAUUUGAGUCUAUAAACGAGAAUCACGUGUGGUGUGAUAACACGGCCGGUUACCUUAGCGAACCGAAUAUUACGGUACCAAGUUCAGUCGAAGACAGCAGCAUAGAAUCAGAGAGCACAGAAGCUACAACUCCUGAAAGUAGUAGCGAGGAAUCAAGUUAAACCGAUGCUAGUACUGAUGAAUAAGACGUCUUUUUUUAAUAAGUUUUUUUUUUUUUACUGUAUUUAUUAAUUCGAUCUGAUUGAUCCAAUAUUAGUAUUAUGCAAAAACAAU